CGUUCCCCUGCGAACAGUGCGGGGCUUGGUUUCCAUCCGGGGCUGCUCGAGCGCCUUGAAGCCAAAGGGCAAUUCGGGAACAGGAAGUGGCUGACCCUGGAAGAGGAAGCCGCUGAGCCCGUGGGAGAAAGGCGCGAGUUCGCCGCUUUAAAGAUGGCGGCGGACCCCGUGAGGAAGCGUCCCCAUCCGGAGGGAGGCUCUGCGGACGGUGAGGGGUUUGAUCCCCGCCGCGCCGGGAAGAGGCGGCUGGUGGUGAUCCUGGAGGGGGCGUCGCUGGAGAGCGUCAAGGUUGGGAAAACAUAUGAAUUGCUUAAUUGUGACAAGCAUAAAUCCUUGCUUCUGAGGAAUGGCAGAGACCCUGGAGGAGUUCGACCAGACAUCACCCACCAGAGUCUCUUGAUGCUCAUGGAUAGUCCUUUGAAUCGAGCUGGCCUUCUCCAAGUAUAUAUCCAUACAGAAAAAAACGUUCUUAUUGAAGUCAAUCCACAGACAAGAAUUCCUCGCACCUUUGAUCGUUUUUGUGGUCUUAUGGUUCAGCUGCUGCAUAAGUUUAGUGUCAGAGCUGCUGAUGGCCCUCAAAAGCUGUUAAAGGUCAUAAAGAACCCAGUGACAGAUCACCUCCCUGUGGGCUGCGCAAAAAUAGGCACCUCUUUCUCAGCCCCUCAGGUGACAGACAUUCGUGACCUAGUCCCUACUGCAGACCCUAUAGCCAUAAUCGUGGGAGCGUUUGCUCAUGGAUCGCUUAAUGUUGACUACACAGAAAAGACCAUCUCUAUCAGCAACUAUCCACUCUCUGCUGCUUUGACUUGUGCUAAAAUCACCACAGCUUUUGAAGAAAUGUGGGGAGUGGUAUAAACUUCCUGUUUUGCUUAUAGAUUCGUAGCCUAUGAUAUUUUGGUCAACAGGCUCUUUGUUGUAAAUGUUACGUACUGUACCCUUAUUUAUGGGAAAUACAUCCUUAAUUACUUUUUUGUAGUAAAUAAAUAAUUUUUGUAUAUAGCAGUAUUAGCACUUCAUAGUGCUUUACAGCCCUCUCUAAACGGCAUACAGAGUCAGCAUAUUGCCCCUAACAAAUGGUCCUCAUUUUACCAACCUUGGAAGGUUGACUCAACCUUGAGCCGGUCAGGAUUGAACUCCUAGCAGUGAGCAGUUUCGCUUGCAAUACUGCAUUCUAACCACUGCACCACCACAGCUCUUAAUUCAUGAUUAGCAAUAGUUGCUGUAUAUUUCCACCAGGUUUUCCACCCCAUUUCUUUUUCCUCCCCAAAAUUAUUUUAAUCAAAAAAUAAAUAUGAAACUGGUAUGGCACAAAGCCCUAA